ACUGGUACCUGAUACAUCCAAGUUACCAGAUAUUUUACAGGAUUGGUUCGUCUGUAAGUCUCGGUAAUAUUCCAGCCAAACUCACCACAAAGACAUGGUGGCCAUGAAGUCCAAGUUUCCAAAGUUUUCUGAUUAAAAUGUAGGAAUACUAUUUGUUUAAGGUUUGGAUCACUCAGAUCUUCUUACAAUGAAUGCAGCUGGUACAAUAUGGAGAAUUCAGAAGUUGUUACAUUUAUAAUGGAGUGGAUUUUGUAAUGAAAUGCACGAAACAGGGGAACAGAUACUGGUAUAGUGAACUAUUACAAUGGGCAUUAUUUGAUUGAUCCUGUGCUUGCUAGAAGAAGAUUUUGAGAACUACAAGUCAAGACUCUAAAAUGAGAUAGCUGGAAAAUAAUGAGUAAAGAAGAAAGAAAUUAACAAGUGAUUAUUCCUGCUUGUGAAUGCAUCAGCUGAAAUAGACAUUUGGUUUAUAUUUAGAAGCAAGUUACAAUUUCCCACUGAUAGCAUAACAGUCAGCUGUCAAUCACUGAUCUCAAGUGUUACUAAAAAUAGAUUUAAUGAAAACCAGUCAUGCACUGUAAAGUGAUUACUAAGAAUAGAAAGAAUUGAAACAAUGUGCUUUCCAUCAGCCAGGUCAAAGUGGAGAAUGGCAAGCUACACAAGAGUGGUAGUUCACUACCCAUAUAUGGUUUUCCUUGUGGUCUUUGUUGUUAUAGCUACCUGCUUAGUCUUGUCCUUGACCCUUGUAGAAUUCCCUACAUUUGGUAACCCACUGGAUGGAUUUGAACCAAGAGGGACAGAAAUAGGACAACGACUCAAUACAUUUGGCAACAUUUAUGAUAACAAAGGAAAUAAGCUUUCAUUGCUCCCGUCCAACUUCCACUCUCUUCUUAAAGAUAUUGAUGACUCUGAUGCAGCUACCAAUGAACAGAACCAAACAGAUAGAUUGGAUAAAAGAAGUACCAAAAAUAAUGAUUAUUUCUGUGAAUAUUCUAGUCAGAAAUAUAGCCAGUUUGCACAUAUUGCCUUUACUGCGGAUGACAGCUCUAAUCUCUUCACUGCUGAAAAUAUACGACAAAUGUGUUACAUAGAGGAACAAAUUAUUCGAACCCAUUCUUCUUUUAAUGAAUUAUGCUUGACUAAAACCAAUAAUGAAUGUUGUCCAAGUUGGUCACUAGGAAACUAUAUAUCUCGGCUAUCACAGAAAUCAAAUUGCUCACAGAUUACACAAGAGGAUGUAAAUAAGGUGUAUAAAACUCUUGAUAAAUGCUCACCAUACUAUUUUAAUUACACUUUGGAACACGACUGUGAAGCUACGAAACGAAGUGGAAAAGUUUAUUCCCGUUGUAAAGGCAUUCCAAGAAGGUGUAUACGUUUUAAUGGUGUCUUUAAUAUUUUACAUCAUAUAACGGACAUGAAUUUUAUACCAGAAAGUGCCAAACCACACACUCAACCAUUUUUACGCUAUGCGAUAACCUUUUUACCAAUAUCUUACAGUAUUGAUACAGUGGAGUUAUACAACCACAUUGAAUCAUGGGUAGGAUCAAGCAAUCAAAAUAUCAAAAUAGCAGGGAUAGAUUUUGGUAUUAAGUAUACACUGUUUAGUGAAUACCUGUUAAAAGAUACAAUUUGGAUAAUUGGUGCUAUCUGCGUAAUUUUUAUACUCGUAUGGAUCUACACAGCCUCCAUCUUUGUUACAAUUAUGACAUUUGUUGUUAUUGGAUCUUCCUUAGUUAUGUCGUAUUUUCUCAACCAGAUUAUUUUUGAAAUCAAAUUUUUUCCAUACAUGAAUCUUGUUACUGCUGUAAUGGUUAUAGCUAUUGGUGCUGAUGAUGUUUUUGUAUAUUGUAAAGUAUGGCAUUUAUCUAAAUCAGAGAGAAAUAAUGGAACUAUGGAGAAAAUAGUGCAUGAUACGCUCCAUCAUGCCACCUUAUCGAUGUUUGUUACCAGCUUAACUACUUCAGCUGCUUUGUUUUCAAAUGGUGCUAGCUCGAUCACCGCCAUUAAAUGUUUUAGUAUCUAUGCGGGGACAACUAUAUUAUGUAAUUUUUUAAUCAUGAUUACAUUAAUUCCUGCCACUCUUAUUAUCAAUGAUAAAUGGUGCAAUUGUGAGAGCUGGUACAAUCCAGAAUUUUCAUCCAAUCAAAAAGUGAGUUACUUUUUAUGCAAAAUACCGUACAAAGUGUAUCAUUCUAUAUCUGAUUGGUCAAGGAUAUUUUUUGAAAAGUUGCUGCCUUUUAUCAUAGUGAAGUUUAGAUAUAUAUGGAUAUUUAUAUUAGGUGCUUUAGGCAUUGGAGGAGUGGUUGUGAUAUUCUUCCAUCCUAAGCUCAAACUUCCAUCAUCAGAUAAAUUUCAAGUUUUUUCAUCUGAUCAUUUAAUUGAAAAAUAUGAAUUCCAAAUAAGAAACAAUUUCCGGUUUGAAAAAUCUAAAGAUAUUGAGGAAUUUACCUUGUUGCCUUUGACAUUUGUAUGGGGUGCUUUUGCAACAGACAAAGGAGACUAUUUAGAUCCAGCUAGUCGUGGAAGUUUGAAAUUUGACAAAACUUUCAAUGCAAUUACUCAAAGUGCUCAAACAUGGUUGUUGCAAUUUUGUAAUAAACUGAAGAAUACUGAUUUUUAUCAGCAGACACCAGGAUAUCAGCUCACAAAUUGUUUUUUUGAUAAAUUUCGUGAUUAUUUACAAAAGCCUUGUCUGUUUGUAGAUGAUUUUCCAUGUUGUAAUAAUACAUAUCCCAAGUCAGAAGAAAUGUCGUAUUGUUUAUAUAAAUACAUUCCAAUGCUCAUGAAUACUCCAGGUGUUCAGUACAGUCAGAUGACUCCAGGCAUCAGAUACACUGACAAUAGUAUCAGUCUUCUUAUUGUGGAAUACAUGAGCAAUGUACAGUUUUCAUUUUCUUACUCAAAGACCAAAGAUUUUUAUACUAAAGUUAACAGCUGGUUUACUCAGGAACUUCAAUCAGCACCACCCGAAAUGAAAAAUGGCUGGUUCGUUAGCAACCUAGCUAUGUUUGAUCUCCAGAACAGUCUUUCAGAAGAAACACCCAUUACCAUGGGCAUUUCUCUUUGUGUUGUCGCUGCUGUGAUUUUUAUAACUACAUUAAAUGUAUUCAUCAGUAUUUUUGCAUUGAUUAGUGUUGCAUGUAUUAUGUUUGUCACCAUUGGAACAUUGGUGCUCUUGAACUGGGAACUGAAUAUAUUAGAAGCUGUGAUCCUCACUGUAGCUCUUGGCAUGUCAGUAGAUUAUACUCUUCAUUAUGCUGUAGUUUAUCGCCUAUCUCCAGAUAUUGAUCGUGAGAACAAAAUUGUGAGUUGUGUUCAUAGUAUGGGAAGUGUCAUCACUAUGGCAGCAAUUACCACAUUCCUAGCUGGUGCAUUAAUGAUGCCAGCCACAGUUUUAGUCUACAAGAAAUUUGGCAUUUUUCUGAUGCUUGUCAUAUCUGUAAGUUGGACUUAUUCAACAAUUUUUUUCCUUUCGUUGUUAUGUAUAUGUGGUCCAAUGGGUAAUUUCGGACAAUUCAAGUGGCCAACUUGUGAAGUCUGUGUUGCAGCGCCAGAGGAACAUCAAGAUAAAACUCAAUAUACUAUUUCUGAAUUAUCCUCAACAAGCACAUAUCCUCACACAACUAGCACAGCUACUACUUCAACAAGUGAGUCAAGAGAACUUGAAUCUAUAUCUGACGAUCCAAUAGACCCUUUUCCUCUACCUCAACGAAGAAGAUCAAGAUCAAGAGGUCAGUAUCAUGAAUAUAUGAAAGCUCGUACGAGGAGUGACAGUCCUGAAGAACUUAGGCCUGGAAGGGCUGAAGGUUAUCAUUCCAGGAGAGGAAGUCGUGUUAGAUUCUCUAUUGGAAGUAUAGAAAAAACAAGUCCCAGUCAUGAAAUUGAUACGGAACCGAAACGAUAUGGUAAAAGAAGAUCGGUGGCAGAAGAUUCAGUGUUUGAGGUGUCAGAAGAAUCAUUAUCCUCUCCAGUAGAGGGCAGUAAAACGGAAGCUCAUUAAUCCUACUGUACCAUCAUAAGAAAAUAAUUUUCUUUGCUUAAAGUAUAACUUUUCCCACCUUGAUCAGGAUCUAAUAAUUUUUAACUUUUUUUUUUUUUAUAUUCAAAGGAUUUAUAGGUGUACAUCUAAAUUUUUAUAUUCUAAAGGUUGAUAUGGUAACAUUUUCUUGUGAUGGUACGAAUGUCUUUAAAUAUUUUUUAAAAAACUUUAAAGAGUUUUUUUUUUUUAUCUCAAUAGUUUUAUAUCAGACUUAGACUUGCCUAUUAACUUAUUAUGAACAAAUGGUUGCAUAUUGAUAACUUUAUUUUUAUCGAAGGUAUGAAUCUUAGUCAUCAGUGACUAAAAGUUGAAUAAAUUGUUAUUUUUUGUAAAAAAAAAAAAAAAAGGUUGGCAUAAUUUUUAAAGACUUAUUAUCUGCUUGUAGUUCUGCUUGUAGUUAAGCAUCUCUUUUGAGUGAGUUUGAUAGUUUAUCUGUAAAUGGUGUAAUCAUUAUAUGAAUUUAAGGAAUACUUAUUGAUGGUGUUCUCUGCUUAUAUUUUAGUUUAAAACUCUAUUCACUAUUGUCAAUUAAUGUAGACACCUGUAUAGAAUAUCUGUGUAAUAAUCUUAUUAUGCUUUUUGCAUUCAUUGUUGAUCUAAAUUAUAAAAAAAACAUAUUUAUACAUUGACAUUUUUUCCUAUGUACACAAAUAUAUGAAAACUACUGAUAUCCUUAGUAACCAUAGAUACCAAAAACAUCUUAAUAAAAGUCAAUAUGAUGUUCAAGAAUUGACACAAAUUUAAAAGAUAUUAUUGUAAAACAGUAAAUAUAGGUUAACAACUUUGAAAAUUGCUGCUAAAUGACAGCCUGUUUUGACUAUAAAGCUGCUUUCAUCUUUUGCUAUCUCUGAACAUUUACCCAUAUCUCUUUUUAUCCAUAUGUACAACAUUUUAUAUAGAUCUAAGUGUAUUUUGACAUUUUUUAUUUAUUUUUUAUUCCUUUCAACAUGUUUUAAUGUGAUAUCACCCUUUUAUUUAGAGAAAUUAUAUGAUGUAUAAGUUUUUUCAUUUAAAAUUUUAUAAUGAAUUUUCAAUACAAAUUUCCUUUUGUAAACUUGAACUGAAAAGUUCAAAUAUCUCAAAUGAGAUUUUAAGCCAAAACACAUGUGAAGUAAUGCUUAAUUGACCUAUACUUCAUGACAAUUGAAUUAAGUCUAUAACAACUACCAUACAAAAAGGAACUGUUGGUGUAAGAAAGCAACAUCCAUGAUAAUGAAUUGUAUACUGCUAAUCUUCAAUAUUCUAAAUUUCAUUUCUCAACCUAUCGGUUUUAAUAAGUAUAUAAAGCAUGACCAUGGUUGGUCACAAGAUUUAACUUCCACAGAAAUAUCUAUGGACCUUUCAUAUUUAAUUUGAGUACAAAAUGUACACAAAUAAUACAUGAACCUGUUAUAUCAUUACUGUAAAUUCAGAAAUAAUUGUGUGCAUUUAUUAUUGCGAUUUUGUUAUUUUAGACUUAAAUGCGAUUUUAUUUUUUACGAUUUUGAGGAAAAUCCUGUUAAAUUCAUAUAAAACAUUUCAAAAUGCGAGUUUAAAUUAUUGCGUUUACAACUCUAUCGGAUUUUUUUGCAAUAAUAAAAACCUCGCAAUUUCUGAAUUUACAGUAUAUUAAAGAUAAAGACUGGAUAGUCAUUCAAAACACUUCUCUACAAAUAAAAAAUUAUAUUGUAUGAAAUCCAUAUUUAAUUCAUAACUGUAAAUAACAUGUUCACAUAAACAGUUAGUAAUGUUUUAUAAUGUUAUGGUGACUCAUUGUUGUAGAUGGUCCUUACUAUUCAUCAGUUUGAUUAUUUGAUCUAAUAAGAUAAUGUAUACAUUUUUCAUUGAAUAUACAUUGUACUGUUAUUAUAUUAAUGGCUCAAAAAUUAAAUGUAUAAAGCUCAUCACAUGUGAUGGUUUAUUUGUUAAGUGGCAGUGUAUUUUAUGAAUGAAUGUGAAUCAAAUAACGUGUAUGUACAUGUAGUCAUAUGUAUUGACAUUUAUGGCUGUGUAAAUUUUUAUAACGAAAUAUGUAACAAUUCAUGCUCAAGCUAUUUUUAUAAGUGCUUGCAUGUUUUUUUCCUAAGAGAUUUUAGUUUGUUUUAAAAAAUGUAAGAGGUUGAUGUAUUUAUUGACUUAAUUUUUAUGAAAGUUUUUGUAGUUUACUUUGUGCUGUUGUUAGAUCACAUGGUCAAAAGGGCCUACAAGAGCAAUGUCCUAUCUACAAAACAUCCAGGAGAAUUUUAAAGAUGAUAGACAUUAUCUGAGUUAGCCUUUAGGCUUGAGGAUUAAAUCUGAAUUUAUUGACACUUUAACUGAGCAACCGUUAUUAUUUAUGUAAGCCCCAGACCUUAUACAUAUGUGAUUUUUUUUUAUAUCAUAGCUUUAAUUGUAAGCUCAUUAAUACUAAUUUACUGAUUCUGGAAUUAACCAUAUUGGUCCAGUUUAAAGGGUAUGUAAUUACUCGACCCAUAUAUGUGUGUUCAUUUUCAACCAUACCUCGACUAGUCUUUUCUUAUAAUGACCUCCAUUUAGGUUUUUAACCAGUAAGGACCCUCUGUUUAGAUCCUUUUUACAUACUUAAUUGUAUUUUGAUGUAUAUGCUGAUUUCUUUCUCAGCUGUAACGUGUGUACUUUUUCCUGUAAUGAGUUGAAGUUGACCAGUUAGUGACACCUUAUGAUCAUGUAUUAGCCAAUAGGUUUAUUUAAUUAUACUGGGAGGUAUAUUUAUUCAAUUUAUUUCCUUGAUUUUGAUGGACUUAACAAAUCCUCUAGUAAACACUUCUUAGAAUACUCAGAACUUUUAGAACUAGUCAGUGUGAGUUAUAUUUAUAUCAGGAACCUAACAUCAUAAGGGUCAUAUUCAUAUCAACAACAUCUAAACCCAUAAGUAUACAUUAAAAAGUAGUCUUUUUGCCAACUACAGACUUUUUACUGGACAAACUGAGUUGCUUCCCUUGCAAACUGCAGUAAGUUGAAAGUAAAAUGUAGGUCUAAUAUCAAAAGAUUUUAUGCAAGUAUAAGAUUUAAAACAAUUACAUAUUGCACACAUUUCACACAAGUAAAUUUAUUUAUCUGUUUGCUCUUUAUUUGCAAUGAUAAAUUAAUGUACAUCUCUCAACCGAGACUGUGUAUAGCGGAUAACACAUCUUAGAUUGAAAAAAUGGUUGAAAUUGAUAAAAUAGCACAUUAAAUUGUUUUUGAAUUUGUUAAAUCAUGCAUGUGUAUGAACAUGGCUUGACAUUUUUAUACUCUUUCAUAUUUGUUCAAACUUAAGGUGUUUAUGACAUAUUUUCUGUUUGUUAUAUAUAUUAUUGUGUAUUGUAAAACCCAUAUACAUUUUUCUAUUUAUUUUCAAAAAGAUUAUUCUUCAUAUAGAGGGUUAUUUUGUCAUUAUUUUGUUAGAUGGAAAAAAAAAUAUUUCCAGGUUUAAUCCACAAGUUUUUACAUUAGAAAAUUCCUGUACCAAGUCAGAAUUAUGACUUAUUUACCAUUCAUUUGAUGUGUCUGAGCUUUAGAUUUGGCCAUUCGAUUAAGGACUUUCUGUUUUGAAAUUUUCUUCGGUACUUUUGUUAUACUACUCUUUAUUCUGGAAACUAUCCAAUGUUAAAUGUAAAUUUAACAUUCAUACAACCACUUGUUAGUACUGUUACUGAGUGUUAGGAUUUAUAUAAAAGUAUUUAAUUGGAAUUCUUCUUGUUAGAAAUCUAAUGAUAUCAAUAAUUGAAAAGUUUUUGAGUUAACAUGAUUUAUGACAAGGAUGCAAAUAAAGAAGCAUAAAGAACAGCUAUCCAAAUUUCACUUUAAUAACUGUUUAUAUAUUGCUAUGUUAAGAGAGUGUCAUGUUUUCUUGUCCACGUCUAUUCAUCUGUCUAAACCUUUGCCCACUCUAUUAUUAGGUUAAAAUACCAUGACGUAUCAUCGACUUGAAAUUAAUAUCUUCAGUAUGAUGUGAACUUUUAAAACAUUUGCUUAGUAUUUUGAACUAGAUUUUGAGUUUCAUUUAAAUUGGUAAUGUGAAAGUGUCUUUUAGAAUUGUAUGGACAUUUAUACUUGUUAUAUAGAGGCUAAUUAAAGUACCACUUUGCCAAAAUGUUCAAAUAAUGUCAUGGACCAUAAAAUACAGGUCUUAUAUAGAGGAUAAUUAAAGUACCACUUUGCCAAAAUGUUCAAAUAAUGUCAUGAACCAUAAAAUACAGGUCAAGUUCAAUUUUAUUGUCUCGCCUUGAUGAAGUCAAAAACGAGACAUAGGUAUGCUGUUUCCUGCGUCGGUGACAGCGUCAACAAUGUAUUAGUUUGUGAUUUGGUCUAGCUUAUGGCGAACCAAAAGUUGUAGAUUAAUCAUAUUUGGUAUGCAGUUAUAUAAAUAUUGGCACAUCUUAUUUCCAUGGAGAUUAUUUGGCCCUGCCCCUUCAGUCAUGGUCUAUUGACUUCAAAAGUUUUGCUUAUUUUACAUGUAUUAGUUUGUGAUAGGUCAGUUUAUGGGGAACAACAAGUGGUUGGUCAAUGACAUUUGGUAUGCAGUAGUAUACGCAUUGGUAUAUCUCAUUUCCAUGGAGAUAAUUUGGCUCCGCCCCCUUAGUCAUGGUCUAUUGACUUUGAAAAUUUUUGUAUAAAGUUAUCAUGCAACAGGUUGUGAUUAGGUCAGUUUAAGAGGAACCAUUAGUGGUAGGCAAAUGUUAAUUGGUAUUUAGCUGUAUAAGCAUUCGCACAUCUUAUUUCCAUGGAGAAUAUUUGGACUCGCCACUCAGUCACAGUCUAAUGACUUUGAAACUUAUCUUAGUUUACAUGUCUUUGUUUGUGAUUAGAUCAGUUUAAGAUGAACUGCUAAUGUUAAAUCAAUGAUAUUUGGUAUGCACACUUAUUUACAUUUGGAAGUAUUAUUUCCAUGGAGAUUAUAUAGCCCCACCCCUCUUCAUGCUUCAUUGACUUUGAAACUUUCACGUAGUUUACAAGUUAAUGUUUGUAUUUAGGUUUGGGAACGACUUAUAAUAAGCCAAUCAUGGUAUUUAGUAUGCAGUUGUAUUAGCAUUGUCACAUCUCAUUUACAUGAAGAUUGUUUAGCCAUGUAACUCAGUCAUGGUUCAUUGACUUUGAAUAUUUGCAUAACUUGUGUAAGAUGUUAAAGUAUUGCUAUUUUGAUUUCAUUAUUUGCAUAAUCAAAAUAACAAAAAUGCGAGACAUAUCUCUGUAAAAACAGUUUAUAAUGACUAAUACAUUGUUAUUCUAUAAGAAUUUGGGUGAUGACCAAAAAUAACCAUAAACCAUAAACUCAGAUACUAGAUGAAAAAAGAGUUAGUUGCUGAGAAAUAUUGGCUUACUGCUACCAAAUUUUGGAGUAGAGUAGAAUUCAAUUGUUGAAUAUCCCAACCUAUUAAAGAAAAAUAAAAAAAAAACCAAUUUAAAAUAUUGAGCUGAAGCUGAAUCAUGCUAAAGGAAGUCUUAAUUUGAAAUCCCAAUACAUUCAACCUCUUCUUAUUAUUCUAUAAAUUUUAUGUAUUGUAUUUUAGCAUCAUCAAAAUGCUGUUUAUUUUAUUUUUCACUCUUAUGGUAAAUAAUCAGGUUUUAAUUUUGUUAUUUUGAUCAAAUGAUAUAUUUGUAUUGUUAUGUUACUGUUAAUUAUAUCCUAAUUCUGUUCAUUUUAAUAUACAAUCAUGAUCAAACUCUUCAUCAAUAAAUGAAUUAAUUUUUCAAAUUGA